AUGCACCUCGCCACCACCCCGCCCAACGCUGGUUCCCCCCAACUCUCAGACCCGAGCACGCAGGCCGAGGGGGCACUUGUCAUCCAACCCGAAGCAGCUCCACCUCCGGAGCCCCAAUCGCUGAGCCGCAGCCACGACCCUCCCCGGCCUCCCGAUGGCGAGCGCCAAGUGCCAACCCCAUCGCCACCCCGGGGCCAAGACACAGACCCCCCUGGAAGCUCAGGCAAGCAGACAACGUGGUCCCAGCGAGCACCCUCCAAGGAGCCCACGCUGACAACUCUCCCCGGAGCUCGCUCUCGCACAGAUACACACACACACAAACACAUGCAAACACACACACGCGGGUUCCCUUCCAGCGUGCACACGGCUUCCCACCCACCCACUGUGGACACUCCCCUGGCCCGACUUGACAACCGCACCCCAAAGCCCCCCCGCACGCUGUACUCACGCAAAGCCCCGGGAGCUGUGCCUUCUCCCACGGCCCCCCGAAACUCGCUCCACGCCACGCGUGGCACACGGCGCAGAGCGAGCCACGGCCCCGCACGCGCGCGCUCCUUCCCUCGCCACCUCGCCACGGCGGGCCCCGACGCCCCGAAAAGCUGUCACGGCCCCCCCGAACCCCCACGCCGCCACGUGCGCCCGCCCCGCCCGCCCAGCCCUGCGCGGGCCAAUAACGGGCUGUUGCUGGGGGCGCCCCGAGAGCCGCCCCCCGUCGCCGCCUCCCCCCACCGCGGGGACGCGCGCACGCCUCCGCCCGGGGCAGCCCGGGUCGCCCUCUUUCCCGGGGCCCGCGCCGGGCCGCCGCCAGUGGGCGCUGCCGAGCCCCGCGCCCCAUUGUUUGUAAACAAACCCGCCGGAGCGCUCCCGCACCUGUGCUCCGGGACGCACCGAGGCGCGCGCCCCUCUUCCCCCGGACUCCCCACCCGGACGCCCCGAGAGCCGAGAACCCCCGGGAUCGGGGUGCAGGGGGAGGGAGCGGAGGGACGAGCGCGCAAAAAUAAAAAUAAAAAUAAAAAUCAAGGCAGCGCGCUUUCGCCUUCGCCUUUGGCGCCAAGGUGCGCCCUCCGAGUGCUCCGGUCACCUCCUCCUGGACGCCCACCCACCCAGCCUGGCGCCUCGUCGCCGCCGGCUCGGAAAGGUGAGGUUGGGAAGGGGCUUUCCGCCCACCCGCACUCACCCCGGGGGCAUGAACACGCCGGAGGGGUUGGCGAUGGGGCGCGCGCGUUGGGCUUCCUUGCUGGGGUGCGGCGGCGGCGGCGGCUGCGGCGGAGGAUCGAAGCCCGGGGGCGGCUCAGGAUCAGGAUCAGGCUUCGGUGUAGGGUUAGGGCGCUGCUGCUCCAGCCGAUCGGGCCGUGGCGGCUGCUUCUGCGUGCUCGCCUGGGUCGGUCUGGAUCACUGCCGCGCCGCCGCUGCCCGCUGGCAUGUGGCUCGAACCAGCGCGUCUCCCCCGCUGCCCGGCGGCGCUCCCGGGCCAGCUCGGUGGCCGCCCCGCCCCGCCCCGCCCCGCGUGACGACGACGCCCCGCCUCCCGCGGGCGAGUCCGGACUUGCCAGCGCGCCGCACCCCCAAAGCCACCUUCGGCGCGGGGGGUUCCCCCUGCAGCGCCCCAGCGCCCCCCGGGCACCCACGAUCGCACCGGACACCCCUUGGCACACGCCCUGUUGGACACCCCUCUCCGGCCAACAGGGGAUUUACGCGCAGGGGGCGCUGCUGCGCAGUUCCCGGGUGGAAGGCACCGAAGCUACUCGCUCCCCAAACUCGCGCUUCCAGCCCAAGCCUGGUCCGCCAGCACGGUCCCACGGACUUGGACAAACACGCAACUCGCGCGCGAGGCGCACACACGGCCCGCCCUCCCUCCCUCCGCGGAGCGCGCGCGCACGCGCCAGGCACCCCGCGCACCCCGCUCCCGGGCCAGCUGUUGACGCGCGCUCCUCGGCCACGCAGCACCCAAUCCAUACCCAAGUCAGGGCCCCUCGAGGUCACCAGGGAAAGUCUCCCGGCCUCGCCUCGCCUCGCCGUGCACCAGCUCCACGCACCCCACCCGGGCUGUCCACACUCCCACGAGCCACACCACCGCCAAGGGCGGCUGGAUGGAGCCCCGGGCACACUGGCACAGACAUGCCCGGGCAGACCCUGCCCCUGCAGGACCCGCCGGGAGGGGAGAUGGAGAUGGGGAGCCCCCACCCCGGGAGAGGACGCGCGUGGGGUGCGGGCGGGCGCGGCGGGCGCGGGUCCGAGCGGCCGGCGGCGGGCGCGGGCGAAGGUUGCGGCUCCCUCCCGGCGCGCGGGGAGCGGCGGGGGCGCGGCGCUGUUGCUGGGGUCCGCCGGCCCUGCCUGCGCGCGCCCCGCAUCCUCCGCGGCCAGCCAGUGAGCGGUACCCGCCGCCGUUGCCAGGGGAAACUCGCCGCCCCGUUACCCGGCAACAGGCCGGGCCCAACCAGGCGCCAGUUCGGGGCCCGGCCCCGCCUGCCGCUGCCCGCCGCGCGCCCAAUGGCAGGCGGGCAGAGCCGGCCCGGCGCCCGGAGACGGCGCGCGCGCUCAUUGGCCCGCCCGGAUCUGGGGGAGCCCUCGGCGAGGGGGCGGGGAGCGAGCGGGCCCCGGGGAGCUGCUAGAGAGCCAGCGAGCGACGAGAGAGCCAGCGAGCGAGCGGCGGAUCGGGCCUGCUGCGGGCCCGGGGCCGGGCGGUGGCACCCCGGCCCACCCACCUCCAGGGCACCCCAAUCUCGAAGCCCCAGUCGGCCCCGGAACGCUUGA